CAAAAACUGGAAUAAACCAAUGAGUAUAUGACUUCUGAACGAAACAUCACAUAAAAUACUCUUGUAUCAAAACAUAAUCUCCAAUUACCACUAGAAAUUUAUAAUGUUUUCUUUUUCAUUUUUCCACUUUUUAACAAAAACAAUUGGUCACAAUACAUCUCCAAUUACACUUUUGAGAGAAGCUUAACAAAAAUUCUUUGCAAAAAACAUGAUAAUCCAAACUGCUUUUGAGCACAAGUAAGUAUAAAGAUAAUCUUACACUUUAUUAAACUUUAAUAUUUUCACACCAUAACACAUAACAGAUGUUGGUAGGGAAGAAUGAUUUUUGUGUUAAAAUAAAGAACUGAUGGUGCACUUGUUUUCAUUGUAGUAAAACAUCUGGGCAUAUAUGAAAUGUCUUGGAAAGUAUUUUUGAGUCAGAAAAUGGUGUUGUUGGUUUAACAGAGGUAAUUCUAACCAAAGAAAAGUGGAAGAAAAACUAAAAUGGAUGUAGUGGGCAACGAAGAUACUGCAGAAAAAAAUCUAAAACCCAUCCCAAGAGAAAGAGCGUUUUUAGAAACGUUUUGUUAUACCAUUGCACAAUUUCAAUUUGAUCGUGCUCAAGAGUUUGUGGAAAAGGAACGAGAGAUGUUUAAACCAGAAGCAGGUUCUAAUUGGAAUGCAUUGUUAAAUGCUUUGCUUACAUUUGCACAUGCUGAGAAGAACUAUUUUACCAUGGCUUUUAUUGAGAAGAAAUUAUUCAAACAAACUAUCAGACCUUUAUAUACAAACUUGUCAGCAGAACUCACAAAGCAAGAAGUCGUGUUUGAUAGUCCAAAGUUGCAUUCUAAAAGUACUCCACAUGGUGUAGAAGCAUUGACUGUGGAGUUAUCCAAGCAAAUUAUACAAUUUACAUCUGCACGGCUUAAAAUGAUAGAUUUUUACGAAUUUAUGGCUAAAAGUGGAUGGAACCAUGCUCAAAAUAUUCAGGAAAUUAUUCAGUCCAUUACAAAUAUUAGCAUGGAGUUUUUAAAAGCAUUUCAUCACCCUAUACUUGAUCCUUUAAAGACAAGUUUUUCUUAUGAAGUUGAUAUUGUGAGUAACAUUUUUAAAAUUGAGAAUCAUUUAGCAGAAUGGGAUUUUCUUGAUUCUCUUUUAUUGUUACGAGAAUGCCAAGCAAAAUUAAGUGCAUGGAGUUCGCUAUCACCCUCUACUUCAGUAAAAGAACAGCUCUUAUCAACAUUUUCUUACAAAUCUCUUUUCAGUCGUUCCAACAAAAAACAAACUGAGAUGACACCAUUUUUAUAUCAGUGGUUGAUUUCGAUGUAUUCAAGUCUGUUGUCAAAAUUCUCAUUUUAUUUUUUUACUUCACUGAGUGCUCAAGCACCAGCAGCUGAUAUAAAAGCGUCACUGUCUAAAACAAGCAUUGACUUUAUUAGUAAGUUUUUAAACUUUCAAAGAAAAACGGAUGUGCUAAGUAUGUCACUAGUAUUAGACACAACAACAAAGAAAAAUACAUUUAAGGGGCAUGGGUAUCAUUUGCGGAGUACUAUAUGUGAAAAACCGACUGGAAUGAAUUCGUAUCCCAGUGUUAUGAAUAUUCCAGAUAUUCGACCGAAGGAACACUGGCCAAAUGUUAUAUCAAUCAUAAACGAUCAGAGACAAGCUUUGAAUGUUACUGAUAAAAUUGUUUAUUUUUAUGAUCAGAAACUAGAAAGUUCUUAUUUCCUGAUUAAAGUGGACGUCAGGAUGACAUUAGUUUUAAUAUACAGUGUGAAGAGGAAAGAACGGGAUAAUUAUAUUCAAAAUUUUCUUGUUGACAUUCGAUCAUCAUUAAAUCACGAUAAACUUUACCACAUGUUACGUCCAGGACAGGCAAAAACGUUUUAAAGCCCUUGAUAAACUGGUAGAAGUUUCAACUUCAUGUAAGAAUAGUAUAAAGUAUUCCAUAAUGGUUCUUUUAAAUGGUUGUUUUUCUACUUUUCUUAAUGAAAGAAGACAGUAGUUGUAGUAUUUGUUUUUGAUAGAUGAUUUCAUGUGUGGUAAUGUGUUUACAUAAAAAAAAAUAGUCUGUGACAUAUUUCCAAAAGUUGCUAGAUGGAUGAAUUUAUAUUUUUAUAUAUGUAUUUAAGAGAAAAACACAAAAAAACAUUUAUAUAACAAAUUACUGUUGUUAAACACUUCUGACAUACAAAUCCAAAAAUUGUUUAUAUGCCAUAAUGUUUUACUGUUAUCGAAUUAUAUUAGUUCCAUAAAA